AUGGGUGACAAUAUUCUAUCUAUUCUUUUCAGAUACGUGCCCCCUCUCCAAACAAUCCCGGCAGACUUCUCAGAAUGUGCGCAGGACAUUGCUGCGGAGCUUCGAAAGCAAGAAUCGCUUCUCAACCAAAUCCAUGCGGAAAUGCACGCAGGGUUUAUCACCCCUGCCCGAGAUCAACAACUAUGGGAAGGGCAGAGGCUCGUCACGCAACUUAAGAGAAAACUCAGGUCCGUCCAAAAAUCGGCCGAACCCAACUCGUUGCCGCCUCAACCGUCUCUCGAUGAGAAACAGGACGACGAGCCGGCUCGACGGCACUCGCAACCCACUUCCCAACCGGUUGCCCAACCGGUACCACAACCGGUACCGCAGACCUCCUCACAACCGGACCCGGUACCGGAACCCGAACCGGUGACGCCGUCGACGAGUGACGCAUUCCAAAACGAAUCUCCGAACCAAGACCCGACAUUUGAAGCCGAAUUCGAAGACAAUUUCGACUUUACGAAGUUCGACGAAAAAUCAACUCCCACGCAAACCGAUUCAGCCUUCACUGUCCCUCUACCAGAUGUCAAAGAAAAAGAAGAAACAGACGUGAAAGAAAAACCCAAAUUCACGGAAAAAGAACUCCGAGUGCUCAGGCUCGAGUUAGAAAACGCCGAAUAUUUGCAACUCAAAUCCUUAUUACAAGCUAAAAUAAAUUCUGAGCAGUUCGAAAUCGUAAAGCUGAGAAGCCACGUCGCGUUAAAGAACAAGCAAGAAAGCCAACAGAGCAAUAAAGAAAACAAGGAAAACAAUACGCCAGAGGAAUUAGAGCUAAAACAAAGACUGAUGAAGGAAAACGCGUUGUUAGAACAGAAAAGACUGAACCUUAUCAACCAGAUCUUUCAGGAGAGAGUCGCGUGUAUACAGUUGAAAAUUGAGCUAGCUAUGAAAGAAAUACUCUCUAAAUCAUAAAUCGUUGUGAAACAGUGAACGAAUGAAGCAUAGAAGAUUCUAAGUAAUCUUAUAAAUGUCAUCAGUUAAAGAUAAUUGUCCCUUAAAAAUCAACUAAAACAGGA